AUGGCUCUGCUGCUCCUGGGUGUCUGGGGCAUCUUGCUGCUCCUGGGGCUGUGGGGGCUGCUCCGGGGCUAUGCCCGAGACCCCUCCCUGGCCCCUCGGUGGCCCCCUGGGCCUCGCCCUCUGCCGUUCCUGGGGAACCUGCAUUUGCUGGGUGUGACCCAACAGGACCGGGCACUGAUGGAGCUCUCAGAACGCUACGGGCCAGUGUUCACAGUCCACCUGGGAUCUCAGAAGACAGUGGUGUUGUCAGGCUAUGAGGUGGUGAAGGAGGCCCUGGUUGGGACCAGGCAUGAGCUGGCCGACAGACCCCCAAUCCCCAUCUUCCAGCACAUCCAACGAGGUGGGGGCAUCUUCUUUUCUUCUGGAGCUCACUGGAGGGUGGCUCGCCAAUUCACAGUGCGCACGCUGCACAGCCUGGGUGUACGACAGCCACCCAUGGUGGGCAAGGUGCUGCAGGAGCUGGCCUGUCUUGAGAGGCAGCUGGACAGCUAUGGAGGCCGGCCCUUCCCCUUGGCUCUGCUGGGCUGGGCACCCUGCAAUGUCACCUUCACACUCCUCUUUGGCCAGCGCUUUGACUACCAGAACCCUGUGUUCGUGUCCCUGCUGAAUCUCAUCGACCAGGUCAUGGUCCUGUUGGGGUCGCCUGGCAUACAGCUAUUCAACACCUUCCCCCGGCUGGGGGCUCUGCUGCGGUUGCACAGGCCUGUCUUGAGCAAGAUCGAGGAGGUGCGCGCCAUCCUGAGAACCCUCCUGGAGGCGCACAGAUCACCCUCGCCAAGUGGCGGCCCCGUGCGGAGUUACUUGGAGGCUCUGCUUCAGCAGGGCCAGGAAGAUGACCCCGAGGACAUGUUUGACGAGGCCAAUGUCCUGGCCUGCACACUGGACAUGGUCAUGGCUGGGACAGAGACCACGGCAGCCACGCUGCAGUGGGCAGUCUUCCUAAUGGUUAAGCACCCACACGUGCAGGGCCGCGUGCAGGAGGAGCUGGACCGAGUGCUGGGCCCCAGGCAGCUACCUCGGCCAGAGGACCAGCGAGCACUGCCCUACACCAAUGCAGUGCUGCAUGAGACCCAGCGGUACAUCACACUCCUGCCCCAUGUGCCCCGCUGCACAGCUGCUGACCUCCGGCUGGGUGGCUACCUGCUUCCCAAGGGCACCCCUGUGAUACCUCUGCUGACCUCCGUGCUCCUGGACAAGACACAAUGGGCGACCCCAAGCCAGUUCAACCCACAGCACUUCCUGGAUGCUGACGGGCGCUUCGUGAAGCGGGGCGCCUUCCUGCCUUUCUCCACCGGCCGCCGGGUCUGCAUUGGAAAGAGCCUGGCCAAGACAGAGCUCUUCCUGCUGUUUGCGGGCCUCCUUCAGCGGUACCAUCUGCUGCCCCCGCCCGGCCUCAGCCCCGAAGACCUGGAUCUGCGGCCUGCCCCAGCCUUCACCAUGCGGCCACCUGCCCAGACCUUGUGUGCAGUGCCUAGAUCCUAGGGUGCUCACACACUGGAAAACUACCAGAGCCUAGCCUACCUCUCCCUUGGGGCACAUUGCAGGCAAUGGUGCAGUUGGAACAUCCCUAGCCAUGAAUGAUGGGCAGACAGUGCCUACUCUGUCCCUCUGAGUACCACAGCUUUUAUGUCACAGUGUACAGUGGAGCCAGACUGCCCACCUCUGUCCACUGAAGGCUGGAAGCUGGCCUUUCUUCUGGGCAUCAUGAGGGGGGUGCAGAUAUGCGCCCUGCCCAGCCUAGCAGCUCUACCUUGACCUGAUAUGGUGCUUCCAGGAACCCUAACCCACCUUCCAGGCUCCUCUACCCUGAACACUACAGACUGUUCUCCACUCCAGUCCCCAAGGCAGCCAAAUCCCCGGAGCACGGACUAGGUCCCAGGCACUUCGUGGACCUUUCCCACCAGACUCUACCACUGGCUAUCACAGGCUCCGCACCAGGCCAUGGGGUCCCCAUACCCAGAUGCCUGGUCUAACCCUCUUUCACAGCCCCCAGAGCACCCUCCUAUCUCUCUACCUGGACAGAGUCUGCCCAGUUUGGGGUGCUUCACCUUUGACUGGAACCAAGGGAAUCCCAGGGGAUGCCUGAGCUUGACUAUAGGUGACAUUUCGUCCCCUUCUUCUGCCUCUUCUGCUGUGAGGACUGACACUCUGUGGUCACCUGGGUCAAGAAUCCUUGGUGAAAAAGAGCCUCUCCCAGCGGAUUUCCGGGGACCUCUCUCCUGGUUCCUGAAGCCAAUUCUCCCUGACAGUGACAACCCACCACAUUUCCCUUUUUGACUUGGCUACCAGGGGGCCCAGAGCUAUGGUUCCUGAUCCUCCCAGCUACUCUCUCCCUCCCUUCUCUGUUUAUAUUCCUUGUUUCCAGUGUGCUCACUCAAGGCUUUGGGAUGCUCAGGCUGACAACCCUGCUGCGCAUGCCUAUUACGACAACAUGCCAACUCCAGCAGCGCCUUCCUCAGUAGCACCCUGUGGCCCUUGGUACAGCCGCAGACAGCACAAGGCUUCCCCAAGUGGGGAGGAAGGGCAGGGCUAGAUGCCACCAGGAGUGGCAAGAGCCAGCUGGACUGCAUGUAAGACCCCGAUCAUGUGACACUUUGGUCCCUUCUGGCCACCAAGAGUCUGGCGGUGGUGGUGGUGAGGGACACGAAUGAGCCCCCCUUGGGCUCUGGUGUCCUACUGCUUUGGUGCUAGCCCCAGCCAGGGCUUUACAGUAAUUAAAUCUGAAGUGACAGAAGUGUCUCAGGGAUGCAGGACAAGGCUGGGGACAGGGCUUUGUAGGUGAGGUCGGGUCUGGCUACAAAUAGCCAGGCUGCCCGAGACCCAUGACCCAGGAAGGAGUCCACGCUUUCUUUGGCUGCCUCUCUCCCCACAGGAAUGCAGUAUUCCGCCACUGUGCCUAACUGGACCUGAGACAAGCCUAUGACUUUUGUUUCCUUUUUUCAGAGGGUUUCUCCAUGUAGCCCUGGCUGCCCUGGAACUCACUGUAUAGACCAGGCUGGCCUCAAACUCAUAGAUCUGCCUGCCUCUGCCUCCCGAAUGCUGGAAUGAAAGGCAUUUUUCAUCACCGCCCAGCUCCAUCUUAACACUUUAACAAGCCCCAGGGACAGCUUAGCUCUGCUCCACUCAAGUGAGCUGGUAGUUCGAAGCCCAGGGGCUGCCCCAGUGUGCAUCCUCUCUUCUGCUGUGUGGCAUCUUGUUCCAGGAGAUGAUGUACCUUAGGCUUGUGGAUGCAGGGACUACUGCCCUCUAGUGGCAGUUGGAUCUGAAAGGACUGCUCACGUAGGAACCGCGGCUGCUCUCACAGGCUCAGGAUGCUGUGAACACUUGGGCCUCCGGGCAGCUGAGGGAAGCCUGGCUUCAGGCCAGCUGGCUCUGGCUGGCCAUGUCCUCACUGUGACGCAUGUCCUGUCCACUUGGAGCUGGGAGUGGGUGGUGGAACUCUGUCCUCUUGGAUCAGAGAAGCUGUCACCACCCAAAGGAGACCCUUGAGGGACUGGGCCUGUUAACAUUCCAUGUAGGGGACAGAAACGGAGGGUGGGAGGGUCACCUGAUCCAGCUGAGAUCCCAGCCCCCAUUCCCUUCUGCCUUUUCAGCUGUGGGCUGCAACC